AAGCAGCCUUUUUUAACUGUGGAAACAAAAUGGCUUCCAGCGUUAGUUUUGGGGUUGUGUUUCUUCUAGGGUUUCACUUGUUCUGCCACAGUAGUUUUGUCGGCGCCAUGCCAUUCAGGUUGUUUAAUGUCCUCUCCUAUGGUGCCAGACCCGAUGGAAGGACCGAUAACAAAGAGGCGUUUUUGAAUGCUUGGAAGGAUGCAUGUAAAUGGGAGGGUGGUGCGAAAAUGCAUAUACCGCGAGGGGUGUACAUGGUUAGCUCGGUAUUGUUUACAGGAACGUGCAAAGGUUCCGUUACCGUUAGGAUCCAAGGGAUAGUUAGGGCCCCAACGAACCCUUCGUUGUUCUUCGGGGACACGUGGAUCGGUUUCCGUUACAUUGACGGCUUGGUUAUGGAAGGCGGAGGGACUUUGGACGGUCAAGGGGCUUCUGCUUGGCCCUACAAUGAUUGCAACAAAAACCCUCAUUGCCCUAAGCUUCCUGCGUUUAUCUAG